CGCGCGAUGCCGAGCGCUGAGGAGCCAGCAGCGCGGGCUGAGGAGAACGCGGACCCGGAGCCCGGCGGCGACCAGCGGCUGCGACUCCUGGGGGCCUACGUGGCUCGGAGCCUGCGGCCGGCUGCGGGCGCCUGGGAGCGCUGCGCGGGCUCGGCCGAGGCGAGGCAGCUGCUUCAUGCCUUCCUGGGCCGUGGGGCCGCGGAGGGGCCGCGGCCGCUGCUGGUGGUGCGGCCCGGGCCCGGGGGCCUGGCGGUGCGCCCGGGGCUGGACGCGGGACCCGAGGCCGGCCCGCCUCGCGCUAAGGGGCUGUUUUUCCUGCGCACCCAGCCCGAGCCUCCGGGGCCUGACAGCCUCCGCGGAGCAGUACUCUGCGGGGACCUGCCAGCCGCGCCGCUGGAGCACCUGGCCGCGCUCUUCUCCGAGGUUGUCAUCCCAGUCUUGGCCAAUGAGAAGAAUCACCUCAACUGGCCUCACGUGGUAUGUCAGGAUGUCCGGCGACACGCCCACAGCCUCCAGUGUGACCUCCUAGUUAUCCUUGAGCAAGCAAAGGGGAAAACUUUGCUGCCUCUUCCAGUAGACUCAGAAAAAGUGGAGUUUGUGGAUUCUGAAAGUGAGACCAUCUUGGAGUCUACAGAUAAGUCGGUCAUCUAUGCCAUUGAGUCAGCAGUAAUCCAGUGGAGCCGCCAAGUCCAGGUGGUGCUCAAGAGAGAGUCUUCCCAGCCACUCCAACAGGGGGAGAAUCCCACCCCUGAGGUGGAGCUGGAGUUCUGGAAGAACAGGUCUGAGGAUCUGGAAUACAUUUAUAAUCAACUGAGAACGAUAAAGGUCAAGGGCAUAGCUGGGCUUCUAGACAAGCUUCAGAGCAGCUACUUCCCAGCUUUCCAAGCCAUGUUCAGAGAUGUUGUAGCAGCUCUGACAGAGGCACAGGACAUCCAUGCACACCUGGUGCCGCUGCAGCGCCACCUGGAAACCCUCGAGAGCCUGGAGUUUCCCGAGGUGAAGCCACGACUGCAGCCUCUGCUCCAUGUGGUCUGCCUGAUCUGGGCCACGUGCGAGUCCUACCGCUGCCCUGGGCGGCUCACGGUGCUGCUGCAGGAGAUCUGCAACCUUCUGGUCCAGCAGGCCUCUCGUUAUCUCAGCCCAGAAGACCUCUUGAGAAGCGAAGUAGAAGAAAGUCAGAGAAAACUGCAGGUGGUUGUGGACACCUUGAAAUUCUUCAAGCAGGUGUUUCAGGACAGAAGGGAGAAUCUCCAGUCUUACUUCAAAGAGAACCAGGAAGUCCGGGAGUGGGAUUUCCAGUCCUCUUUGGUCUUCAUGCGAUUGGAUGGCUUCCUGGGGCGACUGCACAUGGUGCAGGGGCUUCUGAAGACAACUUUGGAUUUCCACAAAUUGGUAAAGCUUGAGUUCAGUGGCAUCAGAGGGAAUGCCCUGAGCCAGCAGGCCCAGCAAAUGUACAGCGAGUUUGAAGAGAUAUACAGGGUCUUCUCAGAGUCUUCCUAUGACUACUUGGACCCCCAAAGCAUGAAAUUUGAAAAUGACGUCUCUGAGUUUAAUAAGAGAGUAGAAGAUCUUGACCGAAGACUGGGGACCAUCUUUAUUCAAGCAUUUGCUGAGGCACCUGGUUUGGAGCAUGCCUUCAAGCUGCUAGACAUAGCAGGAAACCUCCUGGAAAGACCGCUGGUAGCACAGGAUGUGUCCGACAAAUACCUGGUGCUCAUUCGCAUGUUCAGCGAAGACCUGGAUGCCGUGAGGGUAAUCUACAGUCAGCGUGUCCAGGAGGAGGCAGAACUUGGGUUCUCCUCUGUGCACAAGAACAUGCCCGUGGUGGCCGGGGGGCUCCGCUGGGCGCAGGAGCUGAGGCAGCGCAUCCAGGAGCCCUUUGACAACUUCAGACGCAUGACACACCCGUGCAUGGAAUCUGCCGAAGGAAAGCGCAUGGCACAAAAAUAUGAAGAUGUGUUCUCGUUGCUGGAAAAGUACGAAACGAGACUUUAUGAGGACUGGUGUCAAACAGUAUCAGAGAAGUCACAGUACAGCCUUUCCCGGCCGCUUCUGAAACGUGACCCAGAGACAAAGCAGAUCUCUGUCAACUUCAGCCCACAGCUGACCUCAGUGCUGAAAGAAAUGAGUUAUCUUCAGCCCAGGCAGAUGAAGCACAUCCCUGAGACAGCAGCCGCCAUGUUCUCCUCCAGGGACUUUUAUCGGCAGCUUGUGGCCAAUUUGGAGUUGAUGGCAGAUUGGUACAACAAGGUUACGAAAACUCUGCUAGAGGUGGAAUUUCCAUUAGUGGAGGAAGAGCUGCAAGAUAUUGAUCUCCGCCUGAGAGCUGCGGAGGAGACUCUGAGCUGGAAAACAGAAGGCAUUUGGGAUUAUGUCAUUGAAAUCACCAACAGUAUUCGUGAUCUUGAACAAAGAAUUCAGAAAAUUAAAGACAAUGUGGAAGAGAUUCAGAACAUCAUGAAAACAUGGGUGACACCAAUAUUUAAGAGAAAAGAUGGGAAAAAGGAAUGCCUUCUUUCUAUGGAAGAUCAGCAUGAUCGAAUGGAAAAAUACUACAGUCUGAUCAAAGAAUCUGGCCUUAAGAUUCAUGCCCUUGUGCAGCAAAAUCUGGGUCUUUUUUCAGCAGACCCGACCUCCAGUAUCUGGAAGACUUACGUUAACUACAUCGAUGAUAUGUUACUGGAUGGAUUCUUCCUUGCCGUUGAGUGCUCCCUCAAGUACCUCCUGGAAAACACUGAAUGUAAGGCAGGCGUCCCCCCGAUAUUUGAAGCACAGCUGAGCUUAGCCAUCCCAGACUUGGUCUUCUGUCCGUCUCUGGAGUCUGGAGUGAAGGGUGGCUUCUAUGACAUUGUUGAGGGUCUUGUCACCAGCAUUUUUAAGAUACCGUCCCUGGUGCCGAGGCUUUCCCCUCAGAACGACUCUCCCCACUAUCAGGUUGACCUGGAGGCCAUGGCCGAUCUGGCGGGCAUGCGGGGCGAGCUCAUGGAGAGGGUACGGAGCGUGAUGGGCCUCUGCUGCCGCUACCGGGACACCUUCAGCCAAUACUCCUACCUCUACGUGGAGGACCGGAGGGAGGUUCUGGGGCAGUUUCUCUUGUACGGGCGCGUCCUCACACCCGAGGAGGUCGAAACCCAUGCUGAGGACGGCAUCCCGGAGAACCCGCCCCUCCUCCAACAGUUCAAAGCACAGAUCGACUCCUAUGAAAAGCUCCAUGAAGAUGUGUGCAGGCUGGAGACCAUCAAGGUGUUUGAUGGCUGGAUGAAGAUCGAUGUCCGACCCUUUAAAGCAUCUCUGUUGAAUACAAUUAAGAAGUGGAGCCUCAUGUUCAAACAGCAUCUUGUGGACUACGUCACUCACAGCUUGGCCGACCUUGAAGCAUUUAUAAAAAAUAGCGAGAAUGGCUUGCUCAAGAAAGUCGAAAAAGGCGAUUUCAAAGGGUUGGUUGAGAUUAUGGGACACCUUGUGGCUGUUAAAGAACGGCAGAGCAGCACCGAUGAGAUGUUUGAGCCUCUGAAGCAAACUAUUGAACUGCUGAGGACCUAUGAACAGGAAUUGCCGGAGACAGUGUUCAAGCAGCUGGAGGAGCUGCCUGAGAAAUGGAACACCAUGAAAAAGAUGGCCAUUACCGUGAGGCAGCAGGUGGCCCCGCUGCAGGCGAAUGAAGUGGGUGUCCUCCGCCAGAGGUGCACAGCCUUGGAGCUGGAGCAGCAGCAGCUCUGGGAGCGGCUCCGCCGCGAGGCGCCCUUCAGGUUUGAUAGUACUGACCCUCAUCAAAUGCUGGAUGCCAGGCACAUUGAGAUCCAGCAGAUGGAAUCCACCGUGGCCUCCAUUUCCAAGUCCGCCAGCUUGUUCGAGGUCAGUGUGCCAGACUACAAGCAGCUGAGGCAGUGUAGGAGGGAGAUAUGCCAGCUGAAGGAGCUCUGGGACAUGAUUGGGAUGGUGACCUCCAGCAUCCACGCCUGGGAGGCCACCCCAUGGAGGAAUAUCAACGUGGAGGCCAUGGAGCUGGAGUGCAAACAGUUUGUCAGGCUUAUCCGGGCCCUGGACAAGGAGGUCAGGGCCUGGGAGGCCUUCACAGGCCUGGAAACCACCGUGCUGAACACGCUGACCUCCCUGAGGGCCGUGGCCGAGCUGCAGAACCCAGCCAUCCGGGAGCGGCACUGGAGGCAGCUGAUGCAGGCCACAGGCGUGAGCUUCACUGUGGAUGAGGGCACCACCCUGGCUCACCUCCUGCAGCUCCAGCUGCACCACUUUGAGGACGAGGUCCAGGGCAUUGUGGACAAAGCUGUGAAGGAGAUGGGCAUGGAGAAGAUCUUGAAGGAGCUGCAGACCACCUGGGUGGGCAUGGAAUUCCAGUACGAGCCCCACCCACGGACCGGCAUGCCCCUGCUGCGGUGUGACGAGGACCUCAUCGAGGUUCUGGAGGACAACCAGGUCCAACUUCAGAACCUGAUGAUGUCCAAGUACAUUGCUUUCUUCCUGGAGGAAGUGUCGGGCUGGCAGAAGAAGCUGUCCACCGCUGACGCUGUCAUCUCCAUCUGGUUUGAUGUGCAGCGCACGUGGUCUCACCUGGAAAGUAUAUUCAUUGGAUCUGAAGAUAUCCGGGCUCAGCUGCCCCAGGAUUCUAAAAGAUUUGAAGGCAUCGACAUUGACUUUAAAGAGCUAGCUUACGAUGCUCAGAAAACUCCAAACGUAGUGGAAGCCACCAACAAGUCAGGUCUUUAUGAGAAACUGGAAGAUAUUCAGAGCAGAUUGCACCUGUGUGAGAAGGCCCUGACAGAGUACCUGGAUACCAAAAGGCUGGCCUUCCCUAGGUUUUACUUUCUCUCCUCUUCCGACCUGUUGGACAUCCUCUCCAAUGGCACAGCCCCGCAACAGGUUCAACGCCACCUUUCCAAACUCUUUGACAAUAUGGCCAAGAUGCAAUUCCAGCUAGACGCCAGUGGGAAACCAACCAAGAUAAGUCUUGGCAUGUACAGCAAGGAAGAAGAGUAUGUGGCCUUCAGCGAGCCAUGUGACUGCAGUGGGCAGGUGGAAGUAUGGUUGACCCAUGUACUUGCUCACAUGAAGGCCACUGUGAGGCGUGAGAUGACAGAGGGUGUAACUGCCUGUGAAGAAAAGCCCAGGGAACACUGGCUCUUUGACUAUCCAGCUCAGGUGGCCCUGACCUGCACUCAGAUCUGGUGGACCACAGAGGUGGGCAUGGCAUUUGCCAGGCUGGAGGAAGGCUAUGAGAAUGCCAUGAAGGACUAUUACAAGAAGCAAGUGGCUCAGCUCAAAACCCUCAUCUCUAUGCUGAUCGGCCAGCUCUCCAAGGGGGACAGGCAGAAGAUCAUGACCAUAUGUACCAUCGACGUCCACGCCCGGGAUGUGGUGGCCAAGAUGAUCGCUCAGAAGGUGGACAGUGCCCAGGCUUUCCUCUGGCUGUCCCAGCUGCGGCAUCGCUGGGAUGACGAGGCCAAGCACUGCUUUGCCAACAUCUGUGACGCCCAGUUUCUGUAUUCCUAUGAAUACCUGGGAAAUACACCUCGCCUAGUGAUCACGCCUUUGACAGACAGGUGCUACAUCACCCUCACCCAGUCUCUGCACCUGACCAUGAGUGGGGCUCCAGCGGGACCUGCAGGCACUGGCAAGACGGAGACCACCAAGGACCUGGGCCGAGCACUGGGCAUCAUGGUCUAUGUGUUUAACUGCUCGGAGCAGAUGGACUACAAGUCUUGCGGCAACAUCUACAAGGGACUCGCUCAGACCGGUGCCUGGGGCUGCUUCGAUGAGUUUAAUCGAAUCUCUGUGGAGGUCUUGUCGGUGGUGGCGGUGCAGGUGAAAAGCAUUCAAGAUGCGAUUCGAUAUAAGAAGCAGCGGUUCAACUUCCUUGGGGAGGAGAUUAGCCUGAACCCUUCUGUGGGCAUCUUCAUCACCAUGAAUCCGGGCUACGCCGGCCGCACGGAACUCCCGGAAAACCUCAAGGCUCUGUUCAGGCCUUGUGCGAUGGUUGUUCCAGACUUCGAGUUGAUCUGUGAAAUCAUGCUGGUGGCAGAAGGAUUCAUCGAAGCACGGUUAUUAGCCAGGAAGUUCAUCACCCUUUACCGGUUGUGCAAAGAGCUUCUCUCCAAACAGGAUCACUAUGACUGGGGCCUGAGAGCCAUCAAGUCCGUGCUGGUGGUGGCAGGGUCCCUGAAGCGAGGAGACCCUGACCGGCCCGAGGACCAGGUCCUGAUGCGCUCGUUGAGAGACUUCAACAUCCCCAAGAUCGUGACCAACGACAUGCCAGUGUUCCUGGGCCUGAUCGGAGACCUGUUUCCCGCCCUGGAUGUCCCUCGGAGGAGAGACCUCAACUUCGAGGCUCUGGUUAGGAAGGCGGUAGUGGAUCUGAAGCUCCAGGCUGAGGACAACUUUGUGCUCAAGGUGGUGCAGCUGGAGGAGCUCCUGGCCGUGCGGCACUCCGUGUUCGUGGUGGGCAGCGCGGGAACUGGCAAGUCACAGGUACUGAGGUCCUUGCACAAGACGUACCAGAUCAUGAAACGCCGCCCCGUCUGGACAGACCUCAACCCCAAAGCGGUCACCAACGAUGAACUCUUUGGCAUCAUCAGUCCGGCCACACGAGAAUGGAAGGAUGGCUUGUUCUCUUCCAUCAUGCGGGAGCUUGCCAACAUCACCCACGAUGGGCCCAAGUGGAUCUUACUGGAUGGCGACAUUGAUCCAAUGUGGAUUGAGUCUCUGAACACCGUCAUGGAUGACAACAAGGUGCUGACGCUGGCGAGCAACGAGAGGAUCCCCCUGAACCCCACAAUGAGGCUCCUCUUUGAGAUCAGCCACCUGCACACGGCCACGCCGGCCACGGUCUCCAGAGCAGGGAUCCUGUACAUCAACCCGGCAGACCUAGGGUGGAGCCCUCCAGUGAGCAGCUGGAUUGACAGGAGGGAGGUCCAGACAGAGCGAGCCAACCUAACCAUUCUGUUUGACAAGUAUCUUCCAACCUGUUUAGACACACUCAGAACCAGGUUCAAGAAGGCAAUCCCAGUCCCGGAGCAGAGCACGGUUCAGACGCUGUGCCACCUUCUGGAGUGCCUGCUGGCCGAGGAGGCCGUCCCUGCAGACUGCCCCAAGGAGACCUAUGAGCUUUAUUUUGUGUUUGCUGCCAUCUGGGCCUUGGGCGGAGCAAUGGUCCGAGAUCAGCUUAUGGACCACCAAGCAGAGUUCAGCAAAUGGUGGCUGACCCAGUUCAAGACUGUCAAGUUUCCCUCCCAAGGAACCAUCUUUGACUAUUAUAUAGACCCCAAGACCAAGAAAUUUGAGCCUUGGUCCAAGCUCAUCCCCCAGUUUGAAUUUGACCCCGAGAUGCCUUUGCAGGCCUGUCUGGUGCACACGAGCGAGACCAUCCGAGUGUGCUACUUCGUGGAGCGGCUUGUGGCACGGAGGCGGCCGGUCAUGCUGGUGGGGACGGCGGGCACUGGCAAGUCAGUGAUGGUGGGAGCAAAGCUGGCCAGCCUGGACGCGGAGGAGUACCUGGUGAAGAACGUACCCUUUAACUACUACACCACGUCUGCGAUGCUGCAGGCUGUCCUGGAGAAGCCUCUGGAAAAGAAAGCCGGCAGAAAUUAUGGCCCCCCAGGCCACAAGAAGCUUAUCUAUUUCAUUGAUGACAUGAACAUGCCCGAGGUGGACGCCUACGGGACUGCGCAGCCCCACACGGUCAUCCGGCAGCAUCUGGACUACGGCCACUGGUACGAUCGAAACAGACUGUCCCUGAAGGAGGUCAUGAAUGUGCAGUACGUGUCCUGUAUGAACCCCACCGCGGGCAGCUUCACCAUCAACCCCCGGCUUCAGCGCCACUUCAGUGUGUUCGUCCUCUCCUUCCCGGGAGCGGACGCCCUGUCCUCCAUCUACAGCACCAUCCUGACUCAGCACCUGAAGCUUGGAAACUUCCCAGCAUCACUGCAGAAAUCCGUCCCCCAGCUGAUCAAUCUGGCCCUUACCUUCCACCAGAAAAUUGCCACCACGUUCCUCCCCACAGCAAUCAAGUUCCACUACAUCUUCAACCUCAGAGACUUUGCCAAUAUUUUCCAGGGUAUGCUCUUCUCCUCAGUGGAAUGUAUAAAAUCCACACAGGACCUAGUCAAGCUCUAUCUGCACGAAUCAAAUCGCGUUUAUCGGGACAAGAUGGUAGAAGAAAAGGACUUUGAUCUUUUUGAUAAGAUCCAGGCAGAAGUGGUCAAGAAGAUUUUUGAUGAUAUGGACGAGACCGUGGAGUGGACCCGAAGCCUGAACAUGUAUUGCCACUUUGCAAAUGGUGUUGGUGAGCCCAAGUACAUGCCUGUGCAGUCGUGGGAGCUUUUGACCCAGACUCUGGCAGAGGCCCUGGAGAACCACAACGAAGUCAACACGGUGAUGGACCUGGUUCUCUUCGAGGACGCCGUGCGCCACGUCUGCCACAUCAGCCGCAUCUUGGAGGCCCCGCGGGGGAACGCUCUGCUGGUCGGUGUCGGGGGCAGCGGCAAGCAGAGUCUGACCAGGCUCGCAGCUUUCAUCAGCUCCAUGGACGUCUUCCAGAUCACGCUGCGGAAAGGCUACCAGAUUCCUGACUUCAAGGCGGACCUGGCCAGCCUUUGCCUGAAAACCGGGGUGAAGAAUGUCAGCACUGUGUUUCUCAUGACCGACGCCCAGGUGGCUGAUGAGAAGUUUCUUGUGCUCAUCAAUGACCUCUUGGCAUCUGGAGAGAUCCCAGAGCUCUACUCUGAUGAUGAAGUGGAAAACAUCAUAAGCAACGUGAGGAACGAAGUCAAGAGCCGAGGGCUGGUUGACAACACAGAGAACUGCUGGAAGUUCUUUAUAGAUCGGGUCCGACGACAGCUGAAGGUGACUCUCUGCUUCUCCCCUGUGGGGAACACACUGAGGGUCCGCAGCAGGAAGUUCCCCGCCAUCGUGAACUGCACGGCCAUCGACUGGUUCCACGAGUGGCCGCAGCAGGCGCUGGAGUCGGUCAGCCUCCGCUUCCUGCAGAGCUCGGAGGGCAUUGAGCCCACCGUCAAGCCGUCCAUUAGCAAGUUCAUGGCUUUUGUGCACACAAGCGUCAACCAGACCUCCCAGUCCUACCUGAGCAAUGAGCAGCGCUACAACUACACGACCCCCAAGUCGUUCCUGGAGUUCAUCAGACUUUACCAGAGCCUCCUGUGCGGGAAGCGGCGGCAACUCGAGAGCAGAACCCAGCGGCUGGAGAGCGGGCUGCGCAAGCUCCACGGCACCGCCGCCCAGGUGGAUGAUCUGAAAGCCAAGCUGGCCACACAGCAAGUGGAGCUGAAGCAGAAGAAUGAAGAUGCAGACAAGCUGAUUCAGGUGGUGGGUGUAGAGACUGACAAGGUGAGCAGAGAGAAAGCCGUGGCAAACGAGGAAGAGCGGAAGGUGGCCCUCAUCAUGCUGGAGGUGAAGCAGAAGCAGAAGGACUGUGAGGAAGACCUGGCCAAGGCAGAGCCGGCGCUCACAGCAGCCCAGGCAGCCCUCAACACCCUCAACAAGACCAACCUGACGGAGCUGAAGUCCUUUGGUUCCCCGCCCCCGGCUGUCAGCAACGUCACUGCGGCGGUGAUGGCGCUUGUGGCCCCUGGGGGCAAGGUGCCCAAGGACCGCAGCUGGAAGGCCGCCAAGGUCACCAUGGCCAAAGUGGACAGCUUCCUGGACUCCCUCGUCCACUUUGACAAGGAGAACAUUCACGAGAACUCCCUCAAGGCCAUCAGGCCGUACCUGCAGGACCCCGAGUUCAAUCCCGAGUUCGUGGCCACCAAGUCGUCUGCAGCCGCAGGCCUCUGCUCUUGGGUCAUAAACAUUGUGAGGUUCUACGAGGUGUUCUGUGACGUGGAGCCCAAGCGCCAGGCACUGAGCAAGGCCACCUCGGACCUCGCUGCUGCCCAGGAGAGGCUGGCUGCCGUGAGAGCCAAGAUCGCGCACCUUAAUGAAAACCUGGCCAAACUCACGUCCAAGUUUGAGAAAGCAACAGCGGACAAACUCAAAUGUCAGCAAGAAGCAGAAGUGACCGCAGGCACCAUCUCCCUUGCGAACCGCCUGGUGGGAGGACUUGCCUCUGAAAACGUGAGGUGGGCAGAAGCUGUGCAGGACUUCAAGCAACAGGAAAGGAAACUGUGUGGAGACGUUUUACUUUCUACGGCUUUUAUUUCGUACCUUGGCUUCUUUACGAAGAAGUACCGGCAGAGCCUCAUGGACGGGACCUGGCGACCCUACCUGAGCCAGCUGCAGGUGCCCAUCCCAGUGACCCCCAUGCUGGAUCCCCUGAAGAUGCUGACAGAUGAUGCCGACGUGGCUGCCUGGCAGAAUGAGGGCCUCCCCGCGGACCGCAUGUCCACGGAGAAUGCCACCAUCCUCCUCCACUGCGAGCGCUGGCCGCUCCUGGUGGACCCUCAGCUGCAAGGCAUCAAAUGGAUCAAGAACAAGUACGGCGCAGCCCUCCGGGUCACCCAGAUUGGUCAGAAGAGCUACCUUCAAACCGUAGAGCGUGCCCUGGAAGACGGAGAUGUGGUGCUGAUUGAAAACCUGGAAGAGUCCAUCGACCCUGUGCUGGGACCGCUGCUGGGGAGAGAAGUCAUUAAGAAAGGACGGUUCAUUAAAAUCGGAGACAAAGAGUGUGAGUACAAUCCUGAGUUCCGGCUCAUCCUUCACACCAAGCUGGCCAGCCCUCACUACCAACCCGAGGUGCAGGCUCAGGCCACCCUCAUCAACUUCACCGUGACCAGGGCCGGCCUGGAGGACCAGCUGCUGGCCGCCGUGGUCAGCAUGGAGAGGCCAGACCUGGAGCAGCUUAAGUCAGAUCUCACGAAGCAGCAGAAUGGGUUCAAAAUCACCCUCAAAACGUUAGAAGACAACCUGCUCUCCCGCCUCUCCUCAGCCUCCGGGAACUUCCUGGGAGAAACGGCCUUGGUGGAGAGCCUUGAGGUCACCAAGCAGACUGCUGCAGAAAUUGAGAAAAAGGUGCAGGAGGCCAAGGUGACCGAAGUGGAGCUCAACGAGGCCCGGGAGCACUAUCGGCCAGCCGCCGCCCGAGCCUCUCUGCUCUACUUCGUCAUGAGUGACCUCAGCAGGAUCCACCCAAUGUACCAGUUUUCGCUCAAGGCCUUCAGUGUCGUCUUCCGGAAGGCUGUGGAGAAGGCUGCUGCCAACGAGAGCCUCAGGGAACGAGUGGCCAACCUAACAGACAGCAUCACCUUCUCUGUGUACCAGCACACCGCCCGCGGGCUCUUCGAGUGUGAUAAGCUGACCUAUCUUGCCCAGCUCACCUUUCAGAUUCUCCUCAUGAACCAGGAAGUCGGUGCAGCAGAGCUGGAUUUUCUGCUUCGCUCUCCAGUGCAGACAGGCAUCCCCAGUCCCGUGGAGUUCCUCUCCCGUCAGGCCUGGGGUGGCAUCAAGGCACUUUCCUCAAUGGAAGAAUUCUGUAAUCUGGAUCGGGACAUUGAGGGAUCUGCCAAGACCUGGAAGAAGUUUGUGGAAUCAGAAUGUCCUGAGAAGGAGAAGCUCCCCCAGGAGUGGAAGAGCAAGACAGCCCUGCAGCGCCUCUGCGUGCUGAGAGCCCUGCGGCCCGACCGGAUGACCUACGCCCUGCGAGAUUUUAUUGAGGAGACGUUAGGAAGCAAAUACGUGGUGGGAAGAGCACUAGACUUUGCAACAUCUUUCGAAGAAUCGGGACCAGCCACUCCCAUGUUUUUUAUCCUGUCUCCGGGGGUGGACCCACUGAAGGAUGUGGAAAAUCAAGGUAAAAAACUCGGCUACACUUUCAACAACCGAAACUUCCACAACAUGUCUCUGGGGCAAGGACAGGAAGCGGUGGCCGAGGCCACGCUGGACCUCGCUGCCAAGAGAGGCCACUGGGUUGUCCUGCAGAACAUCCACCUGGUGGCCAAGUGGCUCAGCAGCCUGGAGAAGAAGCUGGAGGAGCACAGUGAGAGCAGCCACCCGGACUUCAGGGUCUUCAUCAGUGCGGAGCCCGCCCCAUCCCCCGAGGGCCACCUCAUCCCCCAGGGCAUCCUGGAGCGCUCCAUCAAGAUCACCAGCGAGCCUCCUGCCGGCAUGCACGCCAGCCUGCACAAGGCCCUGGACAACUUCACUCAGGACACCCUGGAGAUGUGUUCCCGGGAGACGGAGUUUAAGAGCAUCCUCUUUGCACUUUGUUACUUUCACGCUGUGGUGGCAGAAAGACGAAAGUUUGGGCCCCAGGGGUGGAAUCGUUCCUACCCCUUCAGCACUGGGGACCUCACCAUCUCCGUGAACGUGCUUUACAACCUCCUGGAGGCCAACGCAAAGGUGCCCUAUGAUGACUUGCGCUACCUGUUUGGAGAGAUCAUGUACGGAGGCCACAUCACUGACGACUGGGACAGGAGGCUCUGCAGAGCCUACCUGGAGGAAUUCAUUAAACCAGAAAUGCUGGGAGGAGAGCUGUCUCUGGCCCCAGGGUUCCCACUGCCAGGCAACAUGGACUACAGUGGUUACCAUCAGUACAUCGAUGCGCAGCUGCCCCCGGAGUCGCCGUAUCUCUAUGGCCUGCACCCAAAUGCAGAGGUCGGCUUCCUGACCCAGACGUCGGAGAAGCUCUUUCGCACGGUGCUGGAGCUGCAGCCCCGGGACAGCCAGGCCGGAGACGGAGCCGGGGCCACCAGAGAAGAAAAGGUCAAGGCCCUCCUGGAAGAAAUACUGGAGCGGGUGACAGACGAGUUUAACAUCCCAGAGCUGAUUGCCAGAGUGGAGGAGCGCACCCCCUACGUGGUGGUUACCCUGCAGGAGUGUGAGCGGAUGAACGUCCUCACCAGGGAGAUGCAGCGCUCACUGAGGGAGCUGGACCUCGGAUUAAAGGGGGAGCUGACCAUGACCAGCGACAUGGAGACCCUACAGAGCGCCCUGUACCUAGACACAGUGCCAGAGCCCUGGGCCAGGCGGGCCUACCCUUCCACGGCAGGCCUGGCAGCCUGGUUUUUGGACCUGCUCAACCGAGUCAAGGAGCUGGAGGCCUGGACAGGCGACUUUGCGAUGCCCUCCACCGUGUGGUUGACGGGCUUCUUCAACCCUCAGUCCUUCCUGACCGCCAUCAUGCAGUCCACGGCCCGCAAGAACGGGUGGCCCCUGGACCAGGUGGCCCUGCAGUGUGACGUGACAAAGAGGAACAGAGAGGAGCUCAGGAGCCCCCCUCGGGAAGGGGCCUACGUCCACGGCCUCUUCAUGGAAGGCGCACGCUGGGACGCGCAGGCCGGGAUCAUCGCAGAGGGAAAGCUGAAGGAGCUGGCGCCCCCCAUGCCCGUGAUGCUCCUCAGGGCCGUCCCCGCAGACAAGCAGGACAGCCGCGGUGUGUAUCCCUGCCCCGUGUACAAGACCCCUCAGCGGGGACCCACCUACGUGUGGACUUUCCACCUCAAGACAAAGGAGAAGCCAUCUAAGUGGGUUCUGGCGGGCGUGGCCUUGCUUCUCCAGAUUUAGCUUCCUGCAGAGCCACCGAGGAAGCAGCGGGGCUGGAGCUGGGCUCCACGAGUCGGGGAGGGCUGAGCACAGACACAGAGAAGGGUCAGAAAUCAAGCGCACUCAUAGCUCUGAAGAAUUUGGGGGUGGACCUCGGAGAGAAGUACCUAUCAUGAGGCUGAGCUCGAGGAGCGUGGACCUAGGAAUCGGAGAAUUUCACGACACUGAAACUCUCCUAAU